GAUCUUUAUGUUUCGGGCUCGAUGUUUCGUUGAGAGAAGAAGAGUCGGUUUUAUCCAGUGGACUGGCAACUUGGCCGGGAGGUGGGUGGAGGCCUAGAGGGAUGUGAAGGGGAUUGGGAAAGUGGAGAAGCUGUGGGAGCUGGUGGAUGUGUGAAUAAGGUGCUAGCGAAGCGCAAGUCACGUCAGCUCUAUUCAAUCAGCCCUUCCUAAAAAGGCAGGAAAAGCACCCUUCCUUCCAACCCUGCUUCAUACGCACAGAUUCUUUCGUCAUCCCUGUCCGUGCACCUGCGUUGAGUGCCUUUAAUUUCUCACACGCCCCUUUCACCCACCUCGGCUUUCUCUCUUGUCUCAGAACUUUAAUCUGAAUUUGAAAGCUUAGGGUUGGGGCGUUGACAGCUCACUCUCCACAAUGAAACCUUAACCAUCGGGAAAGUAUUUGCGAACUGCGAAGAGACAUGAGAUAGAGAAUAAUUGGCCUCUCGCGAUGGAAGAACUUUGGACGAUCUUCCUCCGAAUGGGCGUGAGUUAUAAUGUCACUUUCCAACUCUCACAAGUCCUCAUCCCGGUUUUCCCAUCUUUGUCCUUUCGGAACCACCCACCACGUCUUUUUGGAGCAUGGGUCGAAGCCCAAUGCCCAGCAGUGGCUGUAGGCCGGAGGUUUCAUGUUCCGAUGGUGUUCCCAUUAUAUUUCGAAUGUUUCCCCACAUCAACUCCCACCUCUUUACAAAAUCGAGGCUAUCGUAAAUCUCUUCUUCCCUUUUAGCUUCAUUUUCUGCGCUUUGGGCGUGUCGGUGUCCUCAGGUUGUUUCGUUUUCAACCAUCGUCAAAAAACCAUCCGUGGUAAGAAGGUGAUUAAAGAGCUGAGUUGCAACGUAAACAUGGAGACAGGAGUCAAUGUGGCGGGAUGAUCUGGCACAGUAUGGAUGAAGGAGACUAGUUGGGCACGAAUAGCGAGACUUGUAGGCUGGUAGGCUCGCAUUUUUUCAAAUUAAGCGGGUUUCGCUACGUACGUAGCUCCCGCUAUAGAGUCUUCCCAGGAGCGGACAUUGCAGCUAUCAGAUGGUAGUCAUUAUGGAGAGAUUUCUUCAUCCUUUUUCCCUAGGCAAUGAUCCACCGCUCGAUAUCGCUGUAGAUGAUCGUCAUCCUUUCUUAUAUCCACCCCUUAUUGCUAGACAAAGGACUGGUAAAAAACCACCAAAACGUACUGAUUACAUUGCGAACCUGAUGAUAUUUCAGUCUCCAAGCUAGCUGGCUAUCCUUGAUUGGGCUUAAAUCGCUCUGAAGACCAAUCGCAUCAAGUGCCAUCUCGCCUACCUCCACCGGACCGAAAACAAAACGAUGCCAGGUGACAUAAAUAGCCCAUCCCCUCCCUCUACUCCUCUCUCUCCCACCGCCUAUAAAAUCGCUCUUAACCGCAUCUCCCCAGGCGAGCGCCUGAUCUAUUACCUCUACCUUCCUUUCCUAUUCCUCACCCUCUUCCUUCUUGCUGUCCUCGCUACUCUUCCAUACCUCUUCUUCAAACGCGCCAGACCACGACUCUUACCCGAUUCGAAACCCGACCCCAAACACCCCCAGAGCAAAUACGAGUGGUAUGGCCCGGAGAAGGACUAUCCGCCUGGGUUGGCGUUGGCGCCGUUGGGACAGGGACCAGGGGUGAAGUGGAGGAUAUGGGAGAUGUACGGGUAUUUUAGAGAGUUUUGGCAUAUGACGACAAGGCAGGGAUUGCAAGUUGGGGGAGUGGGAAGUGGGGUAGUGAUGUUAAUUUUUCAGGUGGAGAUGAUGUGGCAUGAUUAUUCUGCAGGUAAUAUUACUGGCUAUCAAGACUCUUCGAGCGGUGGAGAAGGAAAUUCAAGCAAUGAACUUAGAGAAGAUAGUACGUGUGCGUAUGCGACGGGGACGGGGAUAGCCAAUUGGGGUAGCAGACUUGAACCCUUGGCUUGGUAUGGAUGUUAUCAUGGAUUCAUCUGUAUAAUCUGCAUCUGCCUCAUCGGUGAUGAACUCCUGAACGUCCGGUUUGGGUGUUUUGCGCCGCAGUGGUAUAGAAGUGGGAUUGGAUAUACGAUAAUGUUUUUGGCAGCUGCUACACUUUCGACAAGUCCGAACUGGGGAGUUACUUCACUGAUCCAGCUCCGCUACGUCAUCAUCACUGUAAUUUUCCUCUUUGGGACAUACAACCUCUUUCGCACAUUUGCCUGCGCCCUUGGCAUGGCGACCUCUGGUUUUCGCCACACCGAUUAUCGUGUAGGCCGUAAACCACUUCGUCCAUGGACAGAAUCCGAAUGGAUCGAUCCCUAUUACCGCCAAAACUUCAUCCCCCACAAAUAUGAUAGGUACUUUAUCACCGAGCGGUGGCAGUUUGCAGUAGGGGAUUGGAGCUUUCCAUUGGAGAGGAGACCGAGAGAGGAUGUGGAGCGGCAGAUGGACGAGUUGGAUGGAUUGAAUCCGUUCAUGAUGGAUGGGAGGAUACAGAAGGUUUGGCAGAGAAGUCCGGAGGAGAUUAGGAGGAUGCAUGGGAAGAUUGGACGGACUGUCAUCCACGGAGGUCCCAAGAAGAUGCCACCCCACAUGACAAACGAUCUCAAACAACGUGAGCGGAUCCACAUCGGUAUCAUCGACCCCCGCAACCCUCCAACAGAAGAAGAGGAAGAGGAGAUGGUCAAAGCGUUAAAUGAGGAUAAGGGGUACUUUGGAAUUGCGAAUUGGAAACCGAGAACAAAGAGUUUUGGGUGGUGGUGGUUUGAUAUGAGGAGAGUAUGGGCAAUUGUUUGCGGGCUUGCAUUGAUGGGAGUGAGGAUUGGGUUAUGUGUUUUUGAUCUCGACUAUUCGAACCUAGCGUCGUACAGAAACCAAUACGACCAGGCCAAAAUAGCUUGGCAAGCGACCGAUAAUGGCGGGCCGGAUGCUUCGAAAUGCCAAUACUACCAAGGAAGUAGUGUGCCGAUCUUUGUCAUUACCGGUGAGGACUCGUAUUCUGGUGUUACCGCCAAUAUGAUUUGGCUAGGCGUUUGGCACACCUUCCUGAUCGGCAUGUGCGCAGCGGUCAUUUUCGUAUCGAUGUCGAAUAAUAUGUGGUGGGGAAUGCACUGGCCGUUCCCUCCAAUGACGCUUAUUGGACCAAGGAUGAGUUCAAUGAGUAUCGGGAUUACGCUUGGGUUCGUGGCUUUUGCGACGUUGCAGCAAGGUUUCUUCUUCAGUAACGACUCGGUAAUCCUUGUCACUCGGAUAAUUUGCUAUGCUUCUGUCAUAGGAUUCAUUCUGUUUUUGUACCCCAAUGAGCCCCUAAGGACGAGCUACACCCGUGAUCCAUUUUGGCCUUGGCUUUCUCGCGUUGCUUUCAGGUUCAUGGAUAGAAAGAAGUGGCAUUACUCGAUGAAAGAUUUCGAUGAUGCUCAAGGAUAACAGUUGAAAACUGCGACAAUCAGAGAGGAGAGAGAGAUAGGGUCUUCGGACAAGGUGUAGAAAGUAGCGAAAAAGGCCUUGUGGGAAUUGAAUUGGUGAAUGGGGAAUUAGAAUUAGGAUUUGAAGUGGAAGAUAGAGCUAGAUGCGGGGUGUGAUCAUUAUUAAGAUGCAUAAGAUCGUCAAUCAGCCGUAUAGUAAUGUAGUCUACAUCGC